AGAUCAGGAGUUCUACCUACUGUACCACUUAGCAGAACUGACCACUCUUGCCAAAAAAAAACAAAUCAUGAAUAAAACUGUGUGUAUUGAAGAACAGCACCAUGUAGAUCACUAUUUGUUCCCCAUCAUUUAUAUCUUUGUGAUGGUCAUCAGCGUUCCUGCCAAUAUCGGGUCUCUGUGUGUUUCAUUUCUACAAGUGAAGAAGACAAAUGAAUUAGGGUUUUACCCUCAUGGUCUAUCACUCUCUGAUCUCCUCUAUUCAUCAACGCUACCCCUUUGGACAUACACUUGGAAUGAAGACAAUUGGACAUUCUCUCCCACCCUGUGCAAAGUGAGUGCUUUCUUGAUGUACGUGAAUUUCUACAGUAGCACCGCUUUCCUCUCUUGCAUCUCCCUUGAUAGAUACUUGGCGGUGGUCUAUCCUUUGAAAUUUCUCUACCUAAGGACAAGAAGAAUUGCCUUUUCCAUCAGCCUAUCAAUCUGGGUCAUAGAGAUAGUAUUCAAUGCCAUCAUUAUCUGGAAAGAAUGAAAUAUCUAUUGAAAGCUGCGGUACCAACAAGUCUAUGUUUUGUGUUUUGACAAAUACCCCUUGAGAGAAUGGCAAAUUGACUUCAACAUCUGGACAUGCACCGGUUAUAUGAUCCCCUUGGUGAUAAUUCAAUUCUGCAAUCAAAAAGUCUACCAAGCGGUUAUAAAGCAUAAUCAAGCCACAGAAAACCACGAAAAAAGAAGGAUCAUCAAGUUACUUUUAAGUAUCUCGCUGACUUUUUUCCUUUGUUUUACUUCCUUCCAUGCUUUGUUGCUGAUACUAGUAUUGGAAAGGCACAAGCCAGACUUGGGCAAGCAGAUAUUUAAACUUUAUAGAAUCACUGUUGCCCUGACAAGUUUAAAUUGUGUGGCGGAUCCACAUUUUGUACUGUUUUUAUAAGUGAGACAGGAAGAUCAGCAUAUGUGGAACAUGUUAAAAAUUCUGCCAUCUGCCAAGUAAGUCUCAAAGAAAAAUGACGUCUCUGUGUCUACAAAAUAUAGUGGUGAGUUAGACAUAGAAUAAACGCAGAGGGUUUUCUUUUUUUAACAUUCAUUUUGAAAAUGUUGAGUUCUGAAUUCUCUCCCUCUCUCAAGUCCCCUCCCCACUCAUUGAA